AUGCGGCCUAUAGCUAGUCGAGCCGUAUUGGCGGCAACUUUCACUCUGUUUCUCGCAUCCCUUGCGACCGCGACUCCACACGGUCACGAUGAAUCAAUGGACAUGGGAAUGGAUAUGCACAUGGUCACCGACGCGCCAAAACCGACGACCACCGCAGUGCACGCUAAUAACGAUGGCAUGAUGAGCUAUUUUGCAUAUACCAAGCACUCCAGCGCCAUUAUAGCUCACAUUGUCCUCAUGGUUCUGGGCUGGUGCUUCAUUCUUCCUGUCGCUGUUAUGCUGAGCAUCGCGCGCUCAUGGCUCGCCAUUCCAUCACAAUUCGUCUUCUUGGCCUUCAAUGCCUUCGGCGUCCUGCUCGGGGUUAUCUAUAACAGCCAGACGCCAGACCUCUAUGAGAACAAUGCACACCACAAAAUUGGCUGGAUCGCGACGUGUGUUGUCAGCGCCCAGUUCGUCCUAGCUUUGCUCUUUGCCUACGCUGGCCGCGGCAAGUCGAAUGCGCCCGCUUAUGAACAUGCUGCGUUCUUCCCUGUCGCGACUGACGACCACGAUACUGAGCAUGCUUGUCUCAAUGGUGCGAUGCGCGAGCAUCGCUGGUCUCGCGACAGUGGCCAGGGUACCGAUAGCAGCUCUUCUAUCCAUAGUCCUGGAUCGUCUUGUGCGUCGCCUAUCGAAUACGAUGGAUUCGAAAAGCCCGAAGAAUUGCCAGCGAAGGUUACUUCUCAGCAUGCCUGGAUUCACCACACGCGUGUUGGUCGCUUCCUAUUGCAAACUGUCCCUGGUCUCAUUCCCAGCCGGGUUCUCCGCGUUUUGAAUGUCGUGUAUACCAUCGUUGACCGUGUCAUUCUUCCAUUCGGAUUUACCGCUAUUGCGACUGGCGCUGUGACAUAUGGUGGUAUCAUGAGGGGUCGUGAGAUCUUCAAUGGACUUGCGCACUUCAUCAAGGGUGGUAUCUUCUUCUGGUACGGUAUCCUGACUCUUGGACGUUAUAUUGGUUGCUGGGCAGAUUUGGGUUGGGCCUGGAACAAGAAGCCCCCUGCGUCUAUUGUUGGUUGGAAAUACAAGGUUCCCUCCGGCGAAGCCACAGAGUCGUUCGUCAUUUUCCUAUAUGGUGCCACAAAUGUUUUCCUCGAGCACCUCUCCAGUGCGGGUCAGGCAUGGUCUGCUACGGAUCUCGAGCAUGUUUCGAUUUCCGUGCUGUUCUUCGGCGGCGGUCUGGCCGGUAUGCUUUUCGAAUCUGCGUGCAUCCGUGACUGGGUCAACAACACAAUCAUCCAACGCCCGGCUCACGGUACCUCGGAUGAAGCUUGGAGGCCACCGAAGUCGCAGGGUGUCUCCUUGAACCCUAUGCCAGCCCUCGUCAUUAUGUUGCUUGGCAUGAUGAUGGGGUCGCACCACCAAACCAGCAUGACAUCGACUAUGGUACACAAACAGUGGGGUAACAUGCUGGUUGGGUUUGCAUUGGCGCGAGGCAUGACUUACGUUCUAUUGUACCUCAAGCCACCGACCUCGUACCUCCCGGCUCGUCCUCCAACAGAGAUCAUUGCUGCAUUCUGCCUCAUUUCAGGGGGUCUAAUUUUCAUGUUGAGUACCCGCAAUGUGAUUGAAGCGAUGGAGUACUACGAACUAGACGCAAUGUUCACCUUCACCGUCGGUCUAGGCUUCAGUGCUUUCAUCAUGGCUUACGAGAUCUUGACAAUUGCCAUCAAGGCCUGGGCUGUGAAGCGUGCCCAGCACCCACGACCAAACUUCCGCUUCGAGUGA